CUUCGCAUUUAUACUUUAAUUCAUUUCAAUUUAAAUUGAUUCGUAUGUGAUUGGUCGUUAUUCAUAAUAAUUUGUGAAUUACAGCUGGCAACUGUGUCACUAAUAACUUGCAAACGCAAUUACUUUUUCUCAUCGGUCAACAUAAGACCAAACUACUGGCAGCACUGGUUAAAGCGAAGUGGCGAACGAACGCUGUCUACAAUUUUAUUAAUAAAAAUGUUGUAAAAUCAAAGGAAUAUAUAACUUUUAGACUAAAAAAGAAAGUGCUGUUAAGCCAGUGAAUUUGAGUGAAAAAUAUAGUUUAAGUUGCAUUAAUAUCGAUAACCGAGUGAAGAAGCACAUCGGAAAGCAUAGCAUAGCGUUUGGGUUUGGUUUCUUAAUAGUCGUUAGCUUUCACGAAUUGUGUGUGAGUUGAUGCGCUUUUGUGAGAAUAAUUUUCUGAAUUGAAUUCGUUGAAUAAUUUUGAAUGCUUUGUGGUAUUGUAGAAACGCGAGUUGGCGAACGUUGCUAUAUAAUGGCCGCUUGAAAAUCGAGAUGAAAAGUGUUAACGUUGGAACCUUCUAAAUGUAUGUAGGAAGGUGUACCAGUAAAAAUAUAGCGAAAGUGAUGACAAAGUAUAAAACAGAGAGAAACAAGGGAAGAGUAAAUUGAAACAGUUAAGCAAAACGAAAUUCAAUAACUAUAGACAACAAAAAGUUAAAAGCUACAGACCAACCGUAGUGGAGGGUCUCCGAUGUUUUUAUUGCUGUCGCUUUUGGGAAAAUGUCUCAUUUGCCAUUGGAUGCACGCGCCAUUUUGGACUAUUUAAAUGAAUUGGGUUACAGAAACAUAUCUGCCGAACAGCUCAAGGAAUUCAUGAAAGAUCUUCGCAAACUCAUUAAAUACGAGGAGACACUAGGCAUCAAUGCUCAUCAAGAUAAUUACUUUGAGAAGCUCUUUAAGCGUACAACCGCCAGUUUUCGCGCUAAAGUUGACAAGGAGAAUGCACAUCGUGAACGCGCUGUCGAUGUAAAGUCAAAACGUGAUCAUGACGCUCAUGUCUUACGAUCGUUGAAUCAAAAAGAGCAUCAACAACAAUUGGAAUCAAGAGCGGGUAUGGCCAAGAAAUGUAAUCAAUCGCAUUCUACGCGCACCAAUUCUACUUCGCAGUAUGGGACAACUUUCGGGGGCAGUAGUAUGAUUGACAAACUGCAUGGUAAACAAAAGUCUUCACAACAGCAGAAACAAGUGCAGUCUGCGGAACCACGCAAAAAGGUUUCAGAAGCACGUCCACGAUCGCACACAACCACAUUCGAUGCGGGAACUUUAUCACGUGAGCAAGCUUGGCAAAGUAAUAAACGUGUACCGUUUGGCGAAUGCAAUGAAUUGAGAGGUCCUCAACCCGUAGCGACAGAACAGGCCUCAACGCGUCCAUCCGCCCAAAGGGAAGCGAAUCUGAAGCGUGGCCAAACAGCAACCAGCACAAUUAGUACCAGAGAAGACAAGACUAAAUCAAAUGGAGCAGCGGCAAAUCCAAGGGUUGAAUCGCGAGAUACUAAUCGCGGACGUGCUCGUGUUAGAUAUCCAUCUCACGAACGUAGCGCUCCAAGGCGUAGUCCGAGUGGCGGCAGUUACACCACAGCCAGAUCUUUGGGUGUUAUGAUACCACGACAAUGCACAGCGACACGCCGCCGCCGACCACUAAGUAAAGAUCCGGUCGCCUUAUAUCACUACUAUCAGAGUGAAUGGAAUUACUUUCGUGAGCAAAUACCAGGCGAGAGUUCCCAUUCGGAGCUGCGUUGGAUGAUACGUGAACGCCUAUUGGACCCCAACUAAAAAAAUAUA